AUGGCCUGGGCGUUGUUCUACCUCUUCGACGCGAUGCGACCGAGUCUGCCGUGGGCCACCUGCGGCAACUGGUGGAACACUCAGCGUUGCAUCAGCUUCCAGGAGCAGAUAACUCUGGGCAACCUGGCCAGCCUCCAGGGCUCGGGCGGCGAUGUCGGCAACGAGACACGAAGUCUCCUGCUCUCCAAAGGCCUGAAGUUCCACAAUCUGACGGGAAAUCUAACGCAACUGCGCGAACAAUUGCACUCCUCGACGGAAGAAUACUUUUAG